GUCAGUUGAUUGUUUAUGUUUACGUGUGUUUUUCGUGCUCCUUAAACUCCUCAAAUAUCCCCAAAAUGUGCGAUAGUUCAGGAAAAUCUCUCUUCGCCUGGGGUGCAAAUUCUCACGGGCAACUCGCUGUUGGGAAGGAGAGCGAAAUGGAAGCUGUGCCGGUAAGAGUGGACACAUCCUUUCUGGAGGCGGAUGUUAGGCAGAUUUGUGGCGGAGGUGGUCACACUUUGAUUCUGGACACGACUGGUCAAGUGUACGCGUGCGGAUGGAAUAACAGAGGCCAAUUAGGACUAAAUGAUGAGGAGAAUCGCUCAAUUUUCACCAAACUGCCUCAGGAGGUCUUUCGUGGCAGGAAGAUCGGGAGCAUAGCGUGUGGCUGGGACUCCUCAGCAGCUGUCACAGUUGACGGGGAGCUGUUUAUGUGGGGAUCUAAUCAAUUUGGACAGUUUUGCUGGAUAAACACAAAAGAAUUGAGUGAAUCAAACACACCAACGAUGAUUCCAGCUCCUCAAAGAGUGUCUAAAGUUGCUUUUGGUCUUCGUCAUGCCUGCAUUCUUACAGAAGACGGUGAUUUGUAUCUCUCGGGAAAGUCAAAGUGUGUCCCAGAAGGAUUUUUAAGGCUCGCCGGAGAGAAGAUCACGGACAUUUCAACAGGACAGCAUCAUUUCGUCUAUCGCACGAUUUCUGGGGCCAUUCAGACGAGAGGAGACAACAAAUUCAAUCAAUUAGGAGACGAUUCUUUGGAGGAAUUCAAGUCGAAAGCUGCUGAAUUGAGAUGUGGAUGGACUCACAGUGGAUUCUUGACGAAUACUGGAGAGAUUUUCUUGUGGGGAAGAAACUCGUAUGGACAAAUUGGACAGCAUUCUGACGCUUCAGUGGCAAUUCCCUCACCACUGAGUGUUCAGGAGGAGAUCAGAGAGUUUCACUUGGGCUCUGAACACGGGCUCUGUGUGACAAAGAGUGGAGAUGUCUUGACUUGGGGAUGGAAUGAACAUGGAAAUUGUGGGAAUGGCGAUACAAGAGAUUUGUUCAAGCCGCAGAAGGUAUCUCUUCCCGGAAAAUGUCGAGUGGCAGGAGUUGGAGCUGGUUUUUGCUUCUGCCUUAUCACUUGAAACUGUGCCUUUAAAUCUAAGAGGCAAUAUUUUUUUUUACUGAAACAAUAUAAAGAAUAUUAAGUGAACUGAAAUGGAUUUAAAUUUGUGCGAUGAAAUCAAGAGAAUUCCCUUCAAGAUUGCUUGCGAACUCAUGGGUUUUGAUGACAAGCAGACCAACGAAAUGAUGAAGAUUGAGGAGAACAAGAAGCUGAU